AUGGAUUGCUUCCAUACGACUUCGAACUCCUCAGGGACAAGCACACCACCGUUCUUCUCCACCAAACUGAAAAAUGAAGCAUUGAAUGAAAAAGAGAUGGCGGCAGACACUAUGCCGUCACCAAUGAAUCAAUUGUCAAGACAGGAAAGGGAACUGGUGAUGUUUGAAAUACACGGCGUGAACCAAGUUACGACUGGAUCGAUGGAGUUUCAGCAAGAGAAACUAAGAUCCUUGUCAACUGAACUUUCCCUAAUAGUUAGAGGAAAGUCGGCUUUCACUAUGGCUCAGUCGCAAAACCUUCAGUAUACGAUAAACCCUGACUUUCGAUUACUUUUUCUGAGAUCUACUGAUUGGAAUGUAACCGAAUCAGCUCAGUUGAUGCUCCAAUUCUUCCGAGCAAAGCUUGAACUCUUUGGUCCAGGCUUCUUGACAAGUCGCAUCACAUUUAAUGACUUGAGUACUCAGGUGCAAAAAAGUGUCAGGCUCGGGUUCAUUCAAGUAUUACCCUUUCGAGAUACUGCUGGCCGUGCGAUUGUUGUGUUCUUCCCCUCUCUACUUGAAAACUCUGGUACAUCAACAGAAGACAUGGUGCGAGCGGCAUGGUAUACAAUCAUGAGCGCUUCCGCAGAUAUUGAGACCAACAUGAAUGGAUUAGUAGUGAUUCAUUACCUGGCAAAACUGGAUUGGUCACAACUGGACCGAAUAGGCAUUUGGCAAAUAGCCAAGUUCCAACAGUGUCUCCCAUUCAAGUUCAGAGCAGCACACAUAUGCGAUGCAAAUACGGAUGGGGGCAGUUUCUAUCAUGCUAUAUUUAUCAAAACAUUGGAUGCAAUUUCACGAGUUCGUCUCCUUCAUCAUUCUGGAUCUAAUCUCGAAGUUGUAUACAAGCUACAAACAUUUGGCAUACAGGCAAGAAUAUUGCCGCUAGAUAAGCAUGGUAUGCCAACGAAAGAAACCCACCAAAAGUGGUUGGGCCGCCAACAGCGACUAGAGACCGAGGAAAGAAAUAUACACAGAGUUCUGAUUCCAACGAACAAAGAUGUGCUUAAAGGAAGGGGACGGGGAGUACAGAAUCACGUGGGGAACCUUCGCUUCCGACAUAUGGUUGCAGAGCGGCAAAAUGAGUACGAUGCCAACGACAUGUUUGGAGCAAAGGGUAUUGUAGCUAACAAAGUCAUGGCAGAGAUAGAAUCAGAAGGAGGUCGGUUCUUGAAAGACGACGGUAUCAGUUGGGUCCGACUCGACGAUACUGACGCUCGGGAGAAAAUAUCAAUGACUUUUCGCAGCCAGAGAAAGGAUAGCAAUGCAAGUCGAUAG